AUCCACUUCUCAUGCAAUUGUCCUUCAUUUGUAUGGGGAAAGAACAAGUGAAGUCUCUCGACUCACUCUGGAACAGCAAAAAGCCCGCUCACAACCCGUAAAACCAAGUCAAUUCAACCCGAAGCCAAGAACCCAUUAUCUCAGACAAUAUGGGCACCAUGGGAUCUGAAAAGUGUCCUCUUCCAUACACACGCUCUGACCCCGUUCCCAUGGAUGCAGAAAUUGAGUGCAAAUAUAUCUCCCGUUUUCAGCCUCGGGUCAGCAAACAUGUGGCUGUUUCCCAAGACGCCUGUAUAGAGUGUCAUAUCGAUCUGUUUGGUAUGGACAAGAUUGGGAAAGUGGCUGGAGGCAUGAAUGCGCAUACAGCAGAUUUUACGGCCCUGUGUGCUCCAGAGGCUCUCCCAGAGAGGAUUGUUCUAUGUUCUUAUUUCAUCGAGUAUGCGUUUGUGCAUGAUGACGUAUCUGUGGAUGCUGUGCAAGGGGCCAAAACUGUAAGUAGGCGUCACGGCCUCGAUAUUGAGAUGAUACUCGGCUUACCCUUUUCCCCUGGGAAGUGCCUUGAAGGGAACAAAACUCUAUCGAAGGCUUUAGGACCAGAAAGAUAUGAAGACCUUCGAGCAAUCAUGGAUGGUGGGUUAAAGAGAAAGCAAUCUAGAGCAAAGAUCUGGUCAGCCCUGAGGGAGAUUGACCAGGACUACCUUAGUCGCUGUCAGAGCACUUUCAAGCAGUGGUAUGAGACGGGCCGGCAAAUGAGGGACCAAACAUUUGCGAGCUUGGAGAAUUAUUUGGCUGUUCGGGCCCUUGACUGCGGCGCCAACUGGGUUGUUCGCAUGAUUGGAUGGGCCAGCGGGGUUGAACUCACACAGGAGGAAGAAAUCGAAACCGGGCCAGUGACCUAUCUGGCCUUCGUGGUUCUAGCGGUUACCAAUGACAUUUGGUCAUGGGAGAAGGAAAAGAAAGUAACGCGGUAUUCUGGGGAGUCUCUUCCACUAAUCAACGCCGUCCAGAUGGUCAUCCAGAUGCAGCAAGUCGAUGAGGAUACCGCGAAACACAGAGUGCUCGACAUUAUUCGCCAGAAUGAGAAGCAAUACUGUUUCCUGCGUGACGAACACUUGAACAGACCGAAUACUUCGCAUUCCGUGAGGAAGUGGUUCCAAAUUCUGGAGUUGUCCAUGGCAGGCAAUGCGCUGUGGAGCAUUCAUUCUCCUCGAUACCACCUUGACGUCCGAAAUCCCUACAACUCCCCUUCUGUGGUUCCCUCUGUCUUUAAAGGAUUGCAAAUAAUGCAAUCAAGAUCUGACGGUGGAAAGACAGAGAAGACACAGAUGCAAAGUACGGAGACCCUAUCCGAUGUCUCUCCCCAUCCGAGGCUGGCAAAGGCAGGGACAAAUGAAAGGAAAAAUCCACAGGCGGUGCUAGAAAGACUGGAUGACUCGGUCCUUUGGAGGCCGUACAACUAUAUCACGUCUCUGCCAUCCAAAGGUAUUCGGCAGCACCUGAUAGACGCUCUACAGACUUGGUUUAAUGUACCAAGGAGCUCUUUGGCGGCAAUUUCCGGUGUAGCGUCCCUACUUCAUGAGGCCUCUCUGAUGUUGGAUGAUAUCCAAGACGGUAGUCCUCUCCGCCGUGGCCAGCCAGCAGUCCAUGAAAUAUUUGGCGUGGGGCAGACCAUCAAUUCUGCGUGCUACUGCAUUAACAAUGCGUUACGUCUGGUCCAAGAAAUCUCACCCAGCGCAGCCCUGAUAUUCUCCGAACAAAUGGGACAUCUAUAUAUAGGGCAAGCCCAUGAUAUCUCUUGGGCUGGUCAAAGGGCCAUCCCUACGGAGGAGGAGUAUUUUGAAAUGGUUGAUGGCAAAACUGGGGCGCUCUUUGUUCUUCUAUUCCGCUUGAUGCAGAGUGAAGCCUCAGAAAACAGGAACCUGGGUAUGUGCCACUUCAUGAAUAAGCUCGGACGGUGUUUUCAGAUCCGGGACGACUACCAGAACCUUGCAUCCCAAGAAUAUACGUCGCAACGCGGGUUUUGCCAGGAUCUCGAUGAAGGGAAACCCUCGUUUCCAUUCAUCCGCGCGUGUCAUGAACUGCAAGAUAGCACGGCGCUCACUGAAUGGUUCAAAAUGCCGCGCAAUGGGGCUGGAGCUUCGGUAGAGGUCAAGAGAUACAUUCUCAACCAAAUACGAGGCAGCGGGAGCUUCGAGUAUACGAAAGAGCUACUUUCGCAUCUCCUCUAUGAUCUAGAGGAUAUGGUACGGGACAUGGAGUCUGUGACUGGACAGAAAAACUGGAUACUGCGAAAUAUACUGGUACAGAUGCGGGUGAAAGAAGAGAGGGCCAUGCAGAAGAAAGAGACUACCGUUGGUGAAGUUAUGCGUGUUUGGGGCCAAUAUCAGGAGACAGCUUGGACGUCAAGCCUCAGUUGAGCACCGGUCAUAGAUCGAGGAGACAGUAAUGGACUUCCAAUGAAAUAGGUUGGUGCGCUUUCAAAUGCUGCUUGAGGGCAACGAUCGCCCAAGAACCAAAUGGCCCAAAUAGCUCGGCCAGAAGGCCCUAGAUCUCCGCCAGUGAAAACCUCCCAUGCAUAGAAGAGAGUUGAGAUAUUGGGCGACAGUCCUAAUAGGGCUGUGAGGUUCAAUCGCUCCCUUUUUGCAGCUUUUUGUCUCAUUACGGGACACCAGAACUCAAGUACGUACU